AUGGAUUGCAAAUACCAGGCAUUGACUCCGGUCAUGGAAAAGGCCCGCGGCGAGUCUUUCGAUUCCUGCUCGACGCUGGGUGACUUGGAGGAUCUACAAAUUCCAUUAUCUUCAGGAUCGGGUGUUUGCCGUGUUCAGAGGCUGAGCAAAGCACGCCAGUUCGUCGCCUCGAAUUGGCUAUGGAUGGUCCAUGCGAUCCUUCUUCUCACGUCGUGCACUUUAUUCGCGCUUUCCAUCACAAUUCGAUCAUCAACGUUAAAACAUGUGCGAGAGUUUUCUGCUUGGUCCCCUGCGGACACAGCAGUUGAGUUCAAGCCGAUCAAGUAUAAUAUCACGACAAGUGGAAAUAGAUUCGUCGGCGCCGGGCCUGAGGUGGAUGAAGCCUGGCGGGAAAUAUCCUACGACGUUGGAGACCAAUGGAUCUCAAAGUCCGACAUCAAGCACCUCGGGAUGCCUGAGUCGUCACUGGAAGUUAACCACCCAGAGACGGGCGAGCAAGGUUAUCGAGUUGGCAUGGAAGUAUUUCAUCAGCUCCAUUGCAUCAACCUACUCCGUCGAGUGACAUACAAGGAGUAUUACGAGCCGCUAGGUGGGGAAUUUGGAAAGGGGCCUGAGGAGUUGCAAAGACAUACCGGGCUCUUUACGUUCUACAUGAUUGAAGGCGAUCCGUUGGCCUGGCCAGAGCUCAACUCGAAGCACGUCUGCCGGAAUUUUGACAAGGUCCGCCAGUGGGCGGUCGACCAUUCAGUCGGCAAUAUGGAGGUUCUUGCGUGA